GUCUCUUCUGCUCAAAAAGUUCAAAGAAGUUUGCAAUGAAAGAUUUUAUUCUAGUCGUGCAUGUUAAUCCGUCUGUCUGCUCCUUGAUUUCUACUUGGUUUAUACAAUAUCGUCUUAGUUUAUAGUCUUUAAAAGUUGUUUGAGGCCAGCAAUGGAGGGACGCGUUCAGAAAGUGGUAUCAGACUUCAAAGCAGACCUGGGUCUGCUGAAGGAGCCGCUGGGGUUCCUGCGGGCGCUGGAGUGGGUGUUCAGUAUUUUUGCCUUUGCCACUGUGGGAGGUUAUUCUGGCUCAGCCAGUAUCAACAUCCAGUGUGCAGGUGGCCAACUUCAGGAGAUCACGGCCCACUUUUACUAUCCGUUCAGGCUGCCCAGCUACCCCUACCACGUUCCCUCCUGUAACGGAAAUUCCACAGGAUUGGUGAAAACCUUCCUUGUGGGAGACUUCUCCCCGUCUGUGGAAUUCUUCGUGUGCAUUGGGGUGCUGGCCUUCCUCUACUGCAUCGUCACGCUGGUGGUCUACCUGGGCUACAGGCACGUCUACCGUGGGAACAGCCGUGCUCCUGUUCUUGACUUGCUGGUGACCGGGGCCUUCGCCUUUAUGUGGCUAGUAUCUUCGUCCGCCUGGGCCAAAGCCCUUUUUGACAUCAAGAAGUCCACUAGCCCCACCUUCCUGAUACAGGUCAUCAGUACCUGCAAGAUCCUGGGCAACAGCUGCAGUCCAGGCGCCCUGCCUUCCAUGAGCCGCCUCAAUGUCUCUGUGAUUUUUGGAUUUCUUAACCUGAUCCUCUGGGGGGGCAACUGCUGGUUCAUUUAUAAGGACACCCCGUUCCACAAAGCAGCAAACGCCCCAGCUGAAGACGAGGAAAGGGGAACACCUCCACCGCCAUUGGCCUCGAGGAAAUAGGGCGGAGCCACUGCCCGCGGUUGCCGCGGCUGCUGCUUGGACCGUGAUGCGGAGCCUGGGCAUAUCUACUACGAUACAUGGAGAUCUUUGGGCCGUGCGAAAGCUGUCAUUUAUGGGUAUAGUUUACAAAAAAGGUCAUUUUAAUCAAGAAUCUUUUUCUUUUUUAAAGGUGAAUGCCUAAUUGGUAUGCGCUAUUUUUUUUGUUUUUUUUUUUUUGUUUUUUUUUAACAACUGAGAUUUCUGAAAUAUGUUUGAAUAUUUAUUUAAUUGUCCGUUUAGGAAGUAAAUCUUCCAAAUAAUGCCCCCACCCCCUGGAAUUUGGGGGAAUAAGGUCCACCUCCCAAUGCAUACCUCAUUUGGGAUAUUCUUAUGUCGGCUAAUGGCAGCUUAAUUGUAACAUUGCUGUCUUGCUCUGGGUUGAUGCCAGUGGCAGGUAUGUGAAUAGGUGAGGUGUGGGGGGGGGUCUGGAAAGAACUGUCCCUGCUGGGGUCCCUGCUGGGAAUACUAGCUG